AAUGUCAGCUCAGCGGCAAGUGUUCUAUUAAUUUUCUUUCACCAGCCAUCUGGGCAACCCGACAAACUGUGAACGUGUCAGACAGACGGAUUUUCGCAAAGACUUCACUCCGGGAAUUGGUGAUCUAUCUUAUUUUUGUUAUGCUCGCGCUUCUGAUCGCACUUCUGAUGCUGAACAGUGCAAGCUACUUCUACUAUACAAGCGUGUUCAAUUUGGUGGUCGGACCCUAUCAGGAGAACUCGACUGUGAAGGCCGUUGACCUUUACGGUGAGAUCAAGGACCUAGACGAUAUAUGGAAGGUAAUCGCACUUCUGAUGCUGAACAGUGCAAGCUACUUCUACUAUACAAGCGUGUUCAAUUUGGUGGUCGGACCCUAUCAGGAGAACUCGACUGUGAAGGCCGUUGACCUUUACGGUGAGAUCAAGGACCUAGACGAUAUAUGGAAGUCCACAUUUGCAAAACCCUCUUCUGUACUUUCCUCUCUACAGUACAUCCAGGCACAGAUCUUCGGUGCACUCUUUCCCGACACAUGGUAUAAUCGACGCAACGUUAGCUUCAACGAAAAAGAGUUUAUUGGAUAUGACAAUAAAAUGCUAGGGGUCCCGCGACUCCGCCAAGUUCGUGUGACCUCAACUCCAUGCGACGUUCUCGGAGUAAUGAAUAACGUUGAAUAUGUUUGCUACCCACCGUAUUCGGCCAGCACAGAAGGAAAGAAACCAAUGCAACCACAAGGAGGCGUCAUACCUAACCAUACUAAAAACGCAUGGAGAUAUCAAACAGCUGGUCAGUUGGGAUCCGCCGCUGUCGCUGCGCAGUAUGGGGCCUACCCAGGUUCGGGAUACGUUCAGGACUUAUCCCGGUCCCGAAAUACUUCCGAAGAGAUCAUUCAAGAACUGUUUGAAGGAAGGUGGAUUGACGAGGCUAGCAGAGUACUGUUUCUGGACUUUACCAUUUACAACGCAAACAUCAACAUGUUUGUGAUUGUCAAGCUCAUAUUUGAACUACCCGUCACCGGAGGCGUCUUUGUCAGCAGCGAAUUUCAGCCAGCAAAACUCGUGCGCUAUUUGACUGCAACGGACUACUUCGUAAUGGCUUGUGAAAUUAUGUACCUCAUGUUCAUUCUGUACUAUAUUGUUGAAGAAAUUUUGGAGAUAAGGAAACAAGGGUUCCACUACUUCCUUGGGGUCUGGAAUAUACUGGAUAUUGUCGUGAUUUUGCUCUCCAUCAUUUGUGCCGGAUUCACUAUCUAUUGUACCUCCACCGCAUACGAAGUCAUGACCAACAUGCUAAAAGAUAUCAAUGCUCACCCACACUUCGAUCAACUGAGCUACUGGUAUGGUCACUGGGUGAGAGCCACGGCACUGUGUGUCUUCUUUGUGGUGAUCAAGAUUUUUAAAUACGUCAACUUUGAUCGUUCGUUGGGACAGCUGACUAAAACCUUGGGUACAGCUGCGUUCGACAUGAUUGGCUUCAUGAUCAUGUUCUGCAUUGUCUUCUUCGCCUUUGCUCAGUUGGGCUAUCUGGCCUUUGGAACAAGCAUUGAAGGAUAUCGUUCGUUUACACAAGCUUGCUACACGCUAUUCCGCAUUAUGGUCGGUGAUAUCGAUUUUGUGGCUCUCCGGAGAGCCAACUUCUUUCUUGGCCCGCUGUUUUUCGUGGUAUUCAUUUUCUUCGCCGUGUUCGUCCUACUGAACAUGUUCCUCGCUAUUGUAAACGAUGCAUAUGCCAACGUCAAGGAAGAUUUAGUGAAGCAGAAGACCCAACUAAAGCUCAAAGACAUGGUGAAAAAGAGCGCAAAGGAAAUGAUCAAACGGAUGCGCAAAAAGUCCAGCAAAACUCUUGUGCAAAUUCUCCGCUCAACAGGCUUGUUUGGCAGGGAAGUUAUUCCCUUUGAGGAUUUUAGAGCGGCACUGAAAUGCCAUGGCUAUGGAGACACAGAAAUAACAGCCACCUUCGUCAAGUACGACACAGACGGGGACAAUUGUUUGAAUAUGAAAGAGCAACGACAACUGGAAGAUGACAUCGAAAUUGGGGCUCGUACUACAUUGAAACAACAGGAGGAAGAUGAAGGGCAUGGAACAGAUGAAGAAGGAGAGCAGGAUGUAAAUGCUGAUCCGGAUGCUGUUGAGGAGGAAGAUGAAGGGCAUGGAACAGAUGAAGAAGGAGAGCAGGAUGUAAAUGCUGAUCCGGAUGCUGUUGAGAUUUCUCGCUUCAUUUCUAUUUCUUCGUCCACAUAUUCUGUCAAGUACGUUGACCCGGAUGACUUUGUUGAACUGGUAGAGCGUGUUGAAGCACUUGAAGCGUCCCUUCUUGAACUCUUGUCACACAGUGAUGAGCUGUUGGCUGUGCUGGAGCAAGUGGAGCUUGCUAAGAGGGCACACCGGAAGAACCUAAUGGAAAUGAUGGGCAACA